AUGAAACUUGUUAAAAACAUUAUAAACUUGAUGAAACAGAAGAUGCUCUUGAUUCAUAUGUUUUGGUCUCGGCCGCAUGCAAUCACUCUACUCUUGGCUACUCUUGGCUACAGCGUGGCUUCGGCGUGGCACGCAUUUGUACCCCCUAAUAUAGACCCCCGCUGUGAUCGACUUUUUAGUUGGGCUUUAGAAGCCGGUCUUCCAGAAGCCAACCCUCACGUUCAUCACAUUCGUACAACACCACCAUGCAAUAUUAAAAAGGACUUCCUGAUGAUGUUGAGAGAACAUAAGGAUAUAGAUAGGCACUCGAGAUGGGCGGAUGUCAAGAAGAAAGUAGAAAAUGAUCCACGAUAUAAAAAUGCGGAUUCAUCAGCCACUCGAGAAGGAAAAGGAGAAAAAGAGUCCAAGGAGCGCAAAGAACGUAAGGAUUCAUCAUCUAAACAUGAAAAUAAAAAAGAAUCGGGUAAGAAGGAUGAAAAAAAUGUGAGUGCGGAUUCAGCAUCCGUAUUAUCUUCUGGGGAGCAACUGAGUGAAGGAGAGGGAUCUCAUAAGGAGCGCACACUAAGCAACAACAGUAUGACUGAAGAGGAAGACGAAAAGCAAAAGGAAAGAGAAAAGAAAGCACGGGCAGAGCAGAGCAUAAGAGAGAGGGAGAAGGAAGUGCAGAGAACUCUAGCUACUCACAUGAGAGACAGGGACAAGGAGAGAGAACAUCACAAGCGGGAUGAAGCCGUGCAGCAUUUUACGGCGCUUUUAUCUGAUUUGGUACGCACCGGUGAACCAACAUGGCGUGAGGCAAAACGGCUUCUUCGUAAAGAUCACCGAUGGGAUUUAGCUGAUCUUCUUGAUCGGGAAGAAAAGGAACGGCUAUUUGAUACGCAUAUGGAACAACUGAAUAAGAAGAAACGUGAUAAAUUCCGUGAAAUGCUUGAUGAUCUGCAGCAGGUAACAUUAACUAGCAGUUGGAAGGAAGUGAAGAAGAUAAUCAAAGAAGAUCCUAGAUACACCAAGUUUUCUUCAAGUGAAAAGUGUGAACGAGAGUUUAGAGACUAUAUGAAGGAUAAACUUGGUCUUGCAAAGGUGGCUCUGAAGGAGCUGUUGCAAGAAACAAAACUUAUAACACAUAAAUCAUUAGCCACUGUGAAAGAAAAUCCACAACAUUUAACUGAAAUUGAGAACCUAUUAACCAUGGAUAAAAGGUAUUUAGUUUUAGAACAUUUAGGUACUGAAAGGACUAAUAUAGUCAUGAACUAUUUAGAAGAACUUGACAAGAGGGGGCCGCCGCCUCCUCCUACAGCAUCUGAACCUACACGAAGACUUAAGUAGAUUUUACAAAGGCAAUAUUUAGUUGCAUACAAAUAAUGUUUUUAUAGUAAAUA